CCCGAGCAUCCAGACUGAGAAAAGGUUAUUUUUGUAUCUGCUGAUCAGCGGAACCGGAAGAGGAAAACGCAUGGAUUAGUGUGUUUACAACUCACAUCAUCCUGGGUGUACCCGGCAUCACCCUGCCCUCCAAAACAGACCCAUGCAAUUUGCAUUUGCAGGCUGGUGCUACCUAGGAUAUACCGUAGGAUAUGUUAUAAUACAGGCCUGUGUCACUGUCUGUGGUGGGGACUCUUUGUUAUUGUAUUGCGGACUCGCUGUGUGAUAGGCUAUCUGUCGCAGCACUGGGCCACCCACCAUCUGUGGAAGUGGGACAAGGGAACAGAUGGCGCAUCCGAGCCGGCCUGCAGGGCUGCUGACGCUGACUGUUAGGACAGCACUGGGGAUGAGUACCAAUCAUUAAAAUCAAAGGCUGUCGUUGGCUAUUGCGCCGUGUUUUUUGCAGACCUGGCGAUGCCAGAGUGACUUGGUUACGAGUGUGUGUCAGCAGGCUUUGCAGAUUGACCAAAUUGAUGCGCGACGACUCGACAACUUGCGUCAACUUAAUCCCUUUUGACGUGUGUGUGGCUCGGUGAACAAUGGUUGACAACCGCUACGCUACAGCUCUGGUUAUCGCCUGUGUGCUGAGCAUACUGGCCACCGUGUAUCUGUCGGUGGCCAUCGGGACGCAGCACUGGUACCAGUAUAGCAGCCCCACGGUGCGCGGAGAGGCCAACGUGUCCGAGCUGCGCUCCCUGUAUGAGGAGUUCAUGGACGGGGAGUUUGAUGAGAAGACCUACAGUGACACCCUGUUCCGCCUCAACGGGACUGUGGGCCUCUGGUGGCGAUGUGUGCUCGUCCCUGCCAAUGCUCACUGGUACAAAGAGCCAGAUGCCAAGAUGAUGCUGGAGUGUCGAAGCUUCACUCUACCUCAGCAGUUCACUCCCAAGUAUAAAGAACCAGGCAACCACAACAGUGGAGAGGACAUGCUGCGCACCUACUUGUGGAGGUGCCAGUUUCUGCUGCCACUGGUGUCCCUGGGUCUGGUUGUGCUGGCAGGCCUGACUGGGUUCUGUGCCUGCCUCUGCCGAAGCCUCACCCCCACCCUUGGCAUAGGAUUGCUUCACCUGUUGGCUGGCCUCUGCACCUUGGCCACAGUGUGCUGCUACCUGGCAGGGAUGGAUCUGCUCCACAGGGUGUCAAUGCUGCCUGAUAAGGUGGAUGGCUCUCUGGGCUGGUCCCUCUACUUGGCCCUCAUUUCUUCGCCACUUCACAUGAUGGCCGCCGCGCUGCUGGUGUGGGCGGCACGCAGCCACAGUCAGAACUACUACCGCAUGACCGCCUACCGGGUGGCAUAGACUAAGAUUCAGCUCUGGAUCUCUGCCCUCUUUAAAUUCAUACCCCACUCUGUCACCAAGAUGCAUUUUAUAAUGAUCUCAGAGGAACGGGAUGUGGGUUAAUCUGUGCGUUUUGCCCUCUGAUGGAUUAAAGUGCAUGUCCUAUGUCGUCAUGACCCUAUCUGCUGCAUUAAAAGAUUUGAUUUUUAUCUCUCUCUAUGGGUUACAGAAUUGGUUUGAAAAAGGUCAAGCAGAAAGAUCUAUAUGCCACAACAUAUGUCAGCUUCAGAGUAACUUAACACCAAGCUGAGAAGCAUUAGCUGUGUCCCAGUUUCAUAUUACACAGUUACUUCCAGGUUCUGUAUAUCUAGUACGCUCACAUCGGAAAGGAAUAUUGUGUUCCUGUUGCCCUUAACACAAUGUUAUCACAAUAGCAGAGGCA